AUGACACCGUCUCGACCUGCAACUCAUACUGGCAAUGGCCGUCACUGGCGGUCUUCUUUGCGACAGAGUCUACGGAAUUCGAUUCAUCGCUUGUCGUUACAGCGUGGCUCCUCUUCCCGCAAAAGUCCGAGUGGCAAGACUGAGAAAAAUCCUGGCGUUUCCAAGAAGGAGCAAGAUCAACUCGAUUGCAUGCUGGAUUGCCUAUCACAAAAAGAGCUGGAAGCCGCCGCUUGCGCUUCGUACUGUUACUCCCAGCGACGUCAGGUGCUGGCAGAUUCCGAGACGACAAAGUCUGAAUCUGCCCACGAGCGGAGAAAGUUUGCAGCCUUGUUGUGUCUAAACUUUCUGCGCUCCAAAAAUCACUGCACAAAAAAAGCGCUUUCGAAACUGAAGGCGACACUUGCCUUUCGUGACGACACGCAAAUUGACAAGUUGCGAACUGUUUUUGAUCGGAAAAAGCCUGUUGACUGUAAGAAAACUUCAUCAUUGCUAGCGCAACUCGAACAAAAGGCCGCCUACGUGCAGGGUUACGAUAAAGACGGUCGCGCAACCUACAUUUUCGUGCCCCGCCGGGUCCACAACCACGACGAAACGUCCACGCUGAACCUACACGUGUACACCUUGGAACGUGCCUUGGCUUGUUCCCAAUCGGACGACGGCCAAGUUAAUGCCGUAGUGGACUUUUACGGUUUUUCAUACAGCCAGCAUGCGCCUCCGACACAUGUAGGAAAGCAUUUUCUGAACGUUUUUCGCCAACACUAUGCUGGCGCCGUUCACCAUAUUUUUAUUGUUGACGCCCCUCGAUCAUUUCGAUUUCUGUGGACCAUUUUUGCCCCCUUCAUUGGCCAGGGAACUAGGGAGAAAAUCAAGUUUUUGAAAAGCGUUAGAACGGCGUCUAAGCAAUCCGUUUCCCGCUCGGCACUUUCGGAUUUUUACGAUCGAGAAGAGGCAACUCCGUGGAUGGUAGCAGGGGGAGAAAAGGAAUGUGAGUUGGACUUGAACGAAUACUUGUACAACACAAGAUUCGAUCAAGCAUUCGGGGACAGUAGAAUCGCGCAAAGUCCCAAAUUGUAA